AUAACUUCUUAACCCCUAAAAGGUUUUCGCCUCCGUCGUUUCUCUCAGCCGCAACCCUUGCCAUCUCUCUCUCUCUCUAAACUCUUCAGACCAAGAUCAGGUUAAGGAAAUGGGUGAUAAGAAGAGGAAGGCAACAAUAUUUAUCAGACUUGUGUCAGCUGCUGGAACUGGAUUUUUCUAUGUCAAGAAAAAGCCCUCAAGGAUGGUGGAGAAGCUUGAGUUCCGCAAAUUUGACCCUAGGGUUAAUCGUCAUGUUCUUUUCACCGAGGCUAAAAUGAAAUAACCAAAAAAAAAAAAAAAAGAUUUGUUUUAUUGGUCCCUAGGUACUACUUCUUGUUUGUUUAUUUUACCUUCUCAUUUGGUUCAAUAAUGUGAUAUCUUGUAGACAAUCUUAUAUGAUAUAGAACUGGGUACUUGUUGAUUAGCAGUGGCCUCAUUUUCUCAA